AUGAACGGUUCUGGGCUUCCAUUGGCACCUUCCAGCCCAAUUCCCUACUAUGCAGCCGCUGCUGUACAACAACAACAGCUUCAACAUCAGCUUCAACAACAGCAGCAAGCUGCAAACCAGCUGAAAAUGCUGUAUCCUCAAGUUCCUUGCUUUGAUCAAUCGUUGUACGCCGCUUCCGGAAUGAUGCCGACUGUUGAUGCCACGUGUCCGCUGUACCUACAAACAGCCGCCGUUCCGACGUACCCAUACUAUGCGGUGCAAACGCUUCCGGAGCCUGCACCCGUGCUCCGCACAUUUUCUGAGCCCCUAACCGAAAUUCGCGUCGACACCAGUAAACAUUUUCACGUGUUCGUUGGCGAUCUAAGCAAUGACGUUGACAACACGAUUCUCAAAAACGCGUUUCUGAAGUUUGGAGAAGUGAGUGAAGCAAAGGUGAUUCGCGAUACGCAAACGCUUAAAUCAAAAGGCUACGGGUUCGUCUCGUUUCCGGUUAAGCACCAUGCCGAAAAGGCCAUUGCCGAAAUGAAUGGCCAAUGGAUCGGGAAACGAGCGGUUCGCACAAAUUGGGCAUCGCGCAAAAACAAUGAGGAGAGCCGUGAGAAGCUCACGUUUGAACAGGUGUUCAAUUCAACAAAGGCCGACAACACCUCGGUUUAUGUUGGGAAUGUCAAUCCAAAAACCACGGAACUCGACUUGCGUAAUGCAUUCCACAUUUUUGGUGAGAUUUGCGAAAUUCGCAUCUUCAAAGCUCAGGGAUACGCAUUCAUUCGCUUCGAGAAGAAGGAAUGUGCUACCAAGGCUAUUAUGGAUAUGAAUGGAAAGGAUCUACUCGGCAAUCCCAUUCGGUGCUCUUGGGGCCGAACCCAAACUGGUGCUACUCAGCAACAGAACCUUUCAAAUCUCCCAUUUGAUAUUUCCAAUUUGCUCGCUCCAAGUGUGCUCAAUUCGUCAGUGUCCCUGCUGCGAAACCCAUAUUUGAGCUACAAUCCAGCAGCGAAUAUGGUGUUCACUUCGGUAAAUCAAUGAUUUCUCACUCACUUUGUCGUCGAAAUGAUGUACUGGUGGUCUCUGCUUGGAAUUUCUGCAUGUUACUCUAUAGUACAUGCGGCUAAUAUAGACGUGAGCAUCUCAAAAUACACGGGUAUGAAGAAAAGUGAAGUGAAAACCUAUGGGUCCCAAUAUUUCGGAUUUGAAAUUUGCGCUUGUCCAAAAUCUUUUACGGAAACUACAGUUGCGUCAAGAAUCUCAGAAUGCAGUUGCUCUGGAAACGUCAAAGCCAAGAAAAUCAUUUAUUCAAUCCCUUAUGCCGUCUACCCUAGUACCUGCAAGUUUUCUCAUUCGUCCUAUUGCUUGACACCAAGAAUUCAAAAUUCGACCUUUGAUCAUUCCACCAAAGUUUUCAUCAAGUCCAGCCUUGGCCAUAAGACCUUCACUCGACCAGAAUGGCAAAAUCUUCCAUUGAGCUCAUCUCAAAAAACAGUUCUUAUUAGAACAUUUAAGCCAGCAGGAAUGAGAGUCACUUACACUACUAAUGUGAACUUUGGAACAACAUCAUCGGAAUCUAAAAGCACUGAAGACGGUCAUCGUAGUGUCUUUAGAAGAGAGCCUAAAAUUGACAGCAUUGAAAUUUCAAAAGAGAGCCAAGAACUCGAAACAGUUCCACUGGCAACUGGCGAUAUUUCAGAUGUUUUCCCUUUGAAACAUUUUAACGAUAUCAGGGACUAUAUAUUCAAUAAGGGACAUAUUGAGAAAUUCGAGCCAAUGAAUUACGAUAUCGCGGCAUUGAAAAAAUACAUCGUCAAAUAUCAUAAUAUCUAUCGUCAAAAGCACAAUGCUCCGGCUUUAGUGCAUGAUGUCGAUUUGGAUUUAUUUGGAAAACGAUGGGCUGAUGAAUUGUCUCAUCGUAAAGGGUGUCUUGUUCACGAGCAGCCAAGAAGAUUCGGAGAGAAUCUUUUCUAUUUUGGUGCUCGUCACUUUCCAAACCCCGAAAUAAUGGCAAAGAGCAUUGUACAAAGCUUCUACAUUGAGGGCUUCAAUUACAAUUACAGAAGCUGGCAUCCAUUGUCUUACUUUAAGACUGGCCACUUCACUCAACUUGUGUGGCAAAACUCGCGAAAUGUCGGAAUCGGAAUUUCCAUUGUGAAAGCCAGCUCAGUGAACCUUCCAUGCGUCACCCAUUCGCGCAACAUGUACCUUAUUUAUGUUGUUGUUAAAUAUGACCCAGCGGGCAAUUAUGAGACAUACGAUGAAUAUAUGAAGAAUGUUCUACCACCAGUUCAGGGUUGA